GAUGAAGAUGGCCCUAUAAGAGGAAAGAUUUUAUUUCUUCAUGGCUGGUCUGAACAUAGUUCUUUAUAUUACAGGAUAAUGGAAUUUUUUACUUCGUUAGGAUACGAAUGUUGGAUUUAUGAUCAGCGAGGUACAGGUGAAACCUCAAAGGGUAAAUAUAAGGGAAGAUCGGGAAGAAAUAAAGAUGUUGCCUAUAAGGAUUUGGAUAAGUUGAUAGAAAUUGCGUUUGAUUUUAGUGACUCCUGUCUUCACCAUAAUAAGGAAAGCUUGACAUAUUCCCUCGUGGGCCAUUCAAUGGGUGGUACAAUAGCACUUGGCUAUGGAUUCAAAGGUAAGUAUCGCAAUAAAAUAAACAACAUCAUCACUUCCGCCCCUCUUAUCGACUACCCUCCUAACCUAGAACUUUCAUCAAUCAAAUACGCCAUUUUAAGUAAAAUUUGUGAUUGGUUCCCGUAUCAACGAUAUCAGUUAUCAAAAUCGAAGGAUGCAGUGACUUCUGAUCCUCAAUGGAAAGAGUAUUUGGAGGCAGAAGCCGAUGAAUGUAAUAUUUCCACUUUAAGUCAACUCAAAUUCAUAUUAGAUCGUGCCCAAGAAAUCACGGAAUUGCUAUCCGCUAGUCAGUUUCCAUCAUCAAUUAAUAUCUUGAUAUUUCAUUCGAAAGAUGACUUCAUUUCCAGUCAUAUAAAAUCCAAGAACUUUUUCAACAACUUGAAAGUCUCUAGAAAAGAAUAUGUAACCAUCUCAAAAGCUAAACAUGCUCUAUUCAUGGAGAAUGAUGAAGUGUUCAAACUAGUAUGUCUGCAUAUAAAAGAUUUUAUGAAA